AUGUCCAAUCUCCAAGAGGAAGUAGCGGCAGAAUGCGUCCUCGUUGGUGAAGGCAGAGCAGACCUCGCAGGCAUCGGUAUCAUCGUCGGUUUCGUCGGCCAAGCCACGAUAUCACUGUGUCUUGCUCUCUGGGCCUUCUUCUUCUCUCAAAGCGGCUUCUUCGAUGGAAAUCAUCCUCGAGGGAGCAUUGAGUCUGCGAUUGAGCAGAAGCGGCUUGAGUGUGUGUCGGACAUACUCAUGGUCGGCAAUGACAUUCAGAUGGUCAUUGGAACGUCGUACAUGAUUUCUGUGUUUGCAUUGGGCACCAGUAUCGACACGUACCACUUACAUCUUGUGUUUGACAUUGUCAGCUUCGUCGGAGUCUCCAGCGCCGCCGCCCUCGUAUGCUGGACCUACUGCAACGUUCGACUCCAUCGCUCAGCCGCCCCCAAAGACUUGUCCACUCAUCUUCUCUCCCGUUACUUCACCAUCCUCCGCUCCGCUCACUUCACCCCUCGCCAUCGCGCCACCUAUCUCUUUGCCGUAUUGUACCUCGCUCUCACUAUCCUCCUCUGCAUCAGCCUCGACAACUGGGCCCCUGACCGCGAGCCCGGCCGCUGCUACUUCACCCACCUCGUCACAACUCCCACUGCGGGCCAUCCGUCCGCCGACAAAAUCUACGUUUCCAUCACCGCUUCUUGGAUGAUCCUCGUCAUGCUCGCUGCUGCCUUUUCUGGUGCCCGCUGGCGCCACUCUAUCCUCAUUCUCGCUUUCUUGCAGUUCCCCGUACAUCUUUAUAUGACACUUGCCCUGCGAUCUGCCAACCAGGGGAAGCUCGAGGGAGAAGCCUAUGAGAACUACUGGGAUUUUGGCCAGACUACCGCCGUCGUAUUGUUUGCCAUGGCCUUACGGGAACUCCUCGACAAGGUUUUCGAGUUUUACUUUUUCGAGCGCGACCUGCGCAAACGAGGUGUCUUGCCUAAGACAACCAGAAGAGAGCGGGUUGAUGGGGAGAAUAGCCACGAGCUCAUGGGGAUCUCUGGCGUAGAGGAAGGGGCGAUAUAUUAUGGUGCGAGUGGUGUCACAAAUGAGGAGCGUUCAGGAGAGAGAACUCCGCUUGCGAUGCCGGCGAUGAAAACGACGAGCUCGGGAAGAUGA